AUGUUAAUAUACGUUUCGGCCGAUAAUUCCUACGUUACAUUUAGCCCAAAGCAGCUACAACAAUCUGGAGUUGCAGCAUGGCGAGAGGGUUAUCGUUCUUCUACGUGGACUCACGACGCAGCUGUUGAAGCACGGGAGGAUCAAGACAAUUGUGCUAGAGCGAGUGCGAUGAGGAAGUUUGUUGAUAAGAUGAUUACUCUCGGGAAAGACGGUUCGUUGCACAAGAGAAGGCAAGCGUUAGGGAUUAUCUACGAAAAGCAGAUCGUUCAUACGUUGUUCGCUGAGGUUCCGGAUAGGUAUGGAGAGAGGAAUGGAGGGUACACGAGGAUCAUUAGAACUCUUCCUAGGCGUGGUGAUAAUGCUCCUAUAUUGAGCUUGUCUAAGAUGAUAUUAAUAGAAAGUGAGGAUCGAGAUGGUUCGUUAAGCUUCUGUGGUUAA